AUGACCGCCGAGAGCCGGCUGCCGCCGGGCCCCCCGCCGCCGCCCCCGCCGCUGAAGGCAGACGCGGCGCCGCCGGGGGAAGAAGCGGCGGCGGGGGCGCGGGGCGGGCGGCGGCGGCGCAAGCGCCCGGCGGAGCGGGACAAGCCGCCCUACAGCUACAUAGCCCUUAUUGCCAUGGCCAUCGGGCAGGCGCCCGAGCGGCGGCUGACGCUGGGAGGCAUCUACCGCUUCAUCACCGAGCGCUUCCCCUUCUAUCGCGACAGCCCCCGUAAGUGGCAGAACAGCAUCCGCCACAACCUCACCCUCAACGACUGCUUCGUCAAGGUGCCGCGGGAGCCCGGCCGCCCCGGCAAGGGCAACUACUGGACGCUGGACCCCCACGCCCGCGAUAUGUUCGAGAGCGGCUCUUUCCUCCGCCGCAGGAAGCGCUUCAAGCGCAGCGACCUCUCUACCUACCCGGCCUUUCUCGCCGAGCGCCCCGCAGCGCCCUGCCGCCUCUUCCCGCUGCCCGCACCGCCGCCCGCCGCCGACCUGCCCCCGGCCCCCGCCGCCGCCUCCUGCGCCUUCGCCGCCUCCUACCCCGCGCAGGGCUGCACCGCCGCCCUGCCCCACGCCUACGCCCCGCUGCCCACCGCCCCCGGGCCCUACGCGCCGGGCGGCCCGGCGCAGCUGUACGCACCGUCGGGGCGCAUCGUGCUGCCCGCCUCGCCGCCAGCCCCGGCCGGGCUCUACGGCCGCCGCUCCCCCGCGCCCUUCCCGCCGCUGCCCCACGCCUACGGCGCCGGAGGGCAGCUGUGCCCCGCCGAGCCUGGACCGCGGCACGGCGCCUACCCCGGCGGCCCCGACAGGUUCGUCCCGGCGCUCUGA